AUGUGGCCAGCUACGCUCUCGCUGCUUCUCAAGUUUUUCCCCUCGUCUCCCUUUCCCUUCCCUCUCUUUGCCCUUUCCCUUUCCCCCUCUUUGCCCUUUUCCCUUCCCCCUCUUCCCCGUUUCCCCUUCUUUCCCCCCACAAUUCUCCAGCCAGACACUGCUUUGCCGGAUACUGCUUUGGUGACAGGCAGGGGCAGAGUGGAGGACGGGGAGGGCCGUGGGGUGGAGGGAGCAACAGUGAUGCCGGAUACUGCUUUGGUGACAGGCAGGGGCAGAGUAGAGGAUGGGGAGGGCCGUGGGGUGGACGGAGCAACAGUGAUGGUGGAUUGGAUUUCCGUGGCUGUCACUGACGGUCAGGGUGUCUACUCCUUCACGCUCCCCACAUCCCUCCUCUCAUCCCUCCACCGUCCCUCCUCUGCAGAGCCCAUCCCUCCUCCCUCUCCUUCCACUCCUCCUCCUCCUCCUCCUCCCCCUCCCACCACUCACACCAUAACAGCAGUGCCACGUGGCAGCUACCAAUUGGUGCCUGAGAUCAGCCCGGAUGAGGUGGCAGCAGGGCUGGUCUUCUCCCCCUCUAUAGCGGAAUCCGUUACUGUCACAUCCGCUCCUGUCACAAACAUAGUCUUCGAACAGUCACACCUGUUCAUAUCAGGCAAAGUGCGGUGCCUGCAGGAGUGUGACUCCACCGUUACAGUCACACUCUGGGCUCUCACAUACAAUGGGGCAGAUAAAGGGGCAGAUGGAGAGACAGAGCAGCAGCAGGGCACGUUUUUACAACGGGUGGUGGUGGUAGGAGGCGAGCGGGGGGCGGGAGGAAAGGAGGAGGGGAGAGGGAAGGAAAGAAGGGGAAGUGGGGGGAAGGGGAGCAAAGCAGAGGUGGCGGAGAGGAAAGGCAGGGUUGGGUCGUUCUUUUUUGACCGUCUGCUGCCUGGAUCAUACCGACUCGAGGCCCGCAAGGCUCCCCCCAAUGCCACUGCCUUGCAGCAGGACGAGUGGUGCUGGGAGGAGGAGGGCCAUGCUGACGUGGCAGUGUUUGAUUCGCCCGUGACGAACGUACAGCUGGCGCAACGCGGGUGGCGCAUGGUGGUGCGGGCAGCCAUGGAGGACAAAUUCACACUUACCCACGGGGACUACGACCCCACUGAUUUCUCUGUCUCGGUAAGAGCAGGGGCAGCAAGCAUGGUGGUGCGGGCAGCCAUGGAGGACCGAUUCACAUUGACUCGCAGGGACUACGACCCCACUGACUUCUCUGUCUCAGGGGAGAAUGGUAGCAUGGUGGUGCGGGCAGCCAUGGAGGACCGAUUCACAUUGACUCGCAGGGACUACGACCCCGCUGACUUCUCUGUCUCAGUGAGCGUUUGGUGCCAUAGGGGGAGAAUGGUAGCAUGGAGCAUGGUGGUGCGGGCAGCCAUGGAGGACCGAUUCACAUUGACUCGCAGGGACUACGACCCCACUGACUUCUCUGUCUCAGUGAGCGUUUGGUGCCAUAGGGGGAGAAUGGUAGCAUGGAGCAUGGUGGUGCGGGCAGCCAUGGAGGACCGAUUCACAUUGACUCGCAGGGACUACGACCCCGCUGACUUCUCUGUCUCAGUGAGCGUUUGGUGCCAUAGGGGGAGAAUGGUAGCAUGGAGCAUGGUGGUGCGGGCAGCCAUGGAGGACCGAUUCACAUUGACUCGCAGGGACUACGACCCCACUGACUUCUCUGUCUCAGUGAGCGUUUGGUGCCAUAGGGGGAGAAUGGUAGCAUGGAGCAUGGAGGUGCGGGCAGCCAUGGAGGACCGAUUCACAUUGACUCGCAGGGACUACGACCCCACUGACUUCUCUGUCUCAGGGGAGAAUGGUAGCAUGGAGGUGCGGGCAGCAAUGGAGGACCGAUUCACGUUGACUCACAGCAACUACGAUCCCACUCAUUUCUCUGUGUCGGUGAGAGCAAUCCCCAUGGAAGACAGGUUCACGUUGACUCACGGGCACUAUGACCCCACUGACUUCUCUGUCUCCGUAAGAGGAGGGGCAGCAACGGUAAGAGCAGGUCGUGAUGUUGUAUUGAGGUGCGAGGAGAGGGGUGGCGCAUGGUGGUGCGGGCGGGUGGCAAUGGAGCACCAAUUCACGUGGACUCAUGGGGACUACGACCCCACUGAUUUCUGUCUCAGUGAGUGCGGCCAUUGGUAUGGUAAUACUGUGGUAUUGUGUGGCGUAGUGUGGUAUACUGUGGCGCAGUGUGAUAUAGUGUGGUGUCUAGACCGAUUCACGUUGACCCACGGGGACUAUGACCCCACUGACUUUGGCGAUUCACGGAGGACGAUUCUCUGUCUCAUGUGGCGCGGUUUGGUGCCUACUACUACUCUUGCACAUAGAAAGCAGGCAGCGGUGGAGGGCAGAUUCACAAAGAUUAUGUUCCCACUGAUUUUUUUGCCUUGCCUCUCCACCUCUCUCCACCUCUCUCCACCACCCUCCACCCUUUUCCAGCCUGGCAUCAGGAGUUCUGUGUGGAAUGCCCAGCGGAAUACACCCCCCUGCCCUGUCACAUGCUCUUCUUUACUUGCCAUACCCCUCUCCACUCCUCUCCACCCCUCUCCACUCUUCUCCAUUCCUCUGCAGCCCAAAGAGCAAGAGUUCUGUGUGGAGUCCCCAGGAAAAUACACCCUCGCCAUGUCACAUGCCCUUCCUUACUUGCCAAACCUCUCUUCACCCCUCUCCAUGCCUUCCCGAAACAUCUUCACCCCUCUCCACCGCUCACUGCCAUUCUGCAGCCGGGAGUGCAGGAGUUCUGUGUGGAGUCCCCAGGGGAUACACCCUCACCAUGUUGCAUGCUCUUCUCUACUUGCCUUACCCCCCUCCACUCCUCUCCACCCCUCUGCACACUUCUCCACCGCUCUUCAGCCUGGCAUUCAGGAGUUCUGUGUGGAGUCCCCAGGGGAAUACACCCUCGCCAUGUCACAUGUUCUCUCUUUCCAUGCUGUCAUACCCCUCUUCACUCCUCUCCAUUCGUCUUCACCCAUCUGCACCCCUCCCCAUCCCUCUCCACUCCUCUCCACCCUUCUCCAGCCGGGAGAGCAGGAGUUCUGUGUGGAGUCCCCAGGGGAAUACACCCUCGCCAUGUCACACGCCUGUGCCUACUACGGGGCCCUCUCUUUCUCCUUCCACACCCGCCAGCCCAAGCCCAUCCUGCUGACACCUACAGCCUACCGUGUGUCUGGCCCCGUCUUCCUCAACACGUCCCUCCUCCCGCCAUCGCUCUCCCACCUCUCUCUCGAAGCAACCACGGUCGCGCGCAUCAGUGGGAAUGGCGGCGGGAGUGACAGCUACGGCUCUCUCUCAGUGCGCCGCCCACCGUCCAAGGAGAACCCUGUUGCUAUUUAUGAACAGGUGAGGCACGCCAUCAACGCGCGCAUCAGUGGGAAUGGCGGCGGGAGUGACAGCUACGGCUCUCUCUCAGUGCGCCGCCCACCGUCCAAGGAGAACCCUGUUGCUAUUUAUGAACAGGUGAGGCACGCCAUCAACGCGCGCAUCAGUGGGAAUGGCGGAGGGAGUGACAACUACGGCUCUCUCUCAGUGCGCCGCCCGCCAUCCAAGGAGGACCCUGUGGCAAUCUAUGACCAGAUUCACCUGACUCCCUCAACACGUCCCUCCUCCCGCCAUCGCUCUCCCACCUCUCUCUCGAAGCAACCAUCGUUGCACGCAUCAGUGGGAAUGGCGGCGGGAGUGACAGUCAUUCAUCAGAGUCAUUUGCUGCCAGGAUAUGGCUCUCUCUCAGGGCGCCGUCCACCUUCCAAGGAGGACCCUGUUGCUGUCUAUGGGCAGUCCUACUGGCUCGAGCCACAAGCCAGUCUCCUGCUCUCCCUCCACCACUCCGGGUUUUCUUCCGCGCCUCUCACAGGCUCGUCCACUGCUGAUAAUGCUGCUGCUGCUGCUGCUGGUGCCGCUGCUGCUGGUGCCGCUGCUGCUAGGGAGGUCGAACCAGGAGAAGUGGAAUCAGGGGAGGUGGAUUCAGGGGAGGUUGAUUUAGGGGAGGUGGAUUUAGAGGAGGGGUGGGAGCAGCAAGCGCAGGAGGAGCAAGCGGGUGGCGACCGAAUCUUGUCUGCAGGCUCUCCACAGGACAGCUACAAGCAGUCCCCACAGAGAACCUCCCAAGAGGGCACCUUUCCCUCCCCACCAACCCCGCAGCUCCUGUUUUACCCUGCAGCCGUUCCUGUGAGAGUCGAGCCCUUCAGGUGCCCUCCGCCCCUCCCGCCAGUUUAUGCCCGUCCAGGCGUCUUCCUCACAGCGAGAAUCACUCCCGCGCUGCCAGAUGUCAACGUGUCAGUGGUUGCUGACUCAGCAAGUGACGCGGGGGGGUGGCAGGCAGGGGAGGUGGUGGGAUGGCGGUUGACUGGAGGGUUGAGGAGAGGAGGGGAGGGGAGGAGGGAAGAGGAGGAGGGGAAAAGGAAAGGAGAGGAACAGAGGAGGGAGAUGGGGGAGAAUUAUGGGGAGGAGAAUACAGAGGAGGUUGUUCUCGGCCCGCUGUAUGACGACGCCAGUUACCACGUGGAGCUGAAGAGGGAAGGGUACAUCUUCUCGUCCACUGGAGACAACUCCUUCACAGCAGAGAAGGCCGAACUCACACAGCAAAUGUGCAAGCCUGGCAGCAGCAGCGGCAAAGAACAGCAGGAGUGCAAGUGGCAGUCGUGA